AUGACUACAAUAAGACUAUUUGGCAAUGACAUCAAAGUCGCAGAGAAGAAGGAGGAAAAGAGCAUAAUGUUAUUCGGAACACGGAUUUUCCAGUCUCCAGCGAACAACAGUAACGAUAGAUUUAUGAAUAUGUCAGAUUUGCCUCCACGAAGUAUGUGUUUGUCUAUUGAGUCAUUCCAUGGGAGUAGACCGGUUUACGUGGGCUGGAAAUACUUGGAGAACUCGGAUAUCAACGCGAACUUGAGCAGGUUCUUAAUUCCAGUUGAGUGCUACUCGAAAUUACUCUACUACAUGAGUAAGUUGGAGAGAGAAAAGGUACUGAACAAAGAUGAUAGAGGUAUUAACGUGAGUGUAAUUGAUCCAAAGGGUAAUUUACAUGACAUGAAGUUUACUGGAUGGAAGAGUUUGGGGAGACUUGUGUUUAACAGAGGAUGGAACAAUCUUGUUAGAGAUAACCAAUUUAAAAAAGGGGAUUUACUUGAGCUCUGGCAUUUCAGAAUGCCUAAUAAUAAACCUUGUUUUGCUAUAAAUAUCAUUAGGUACUAG